UUGUCAUAAACUAUAAAUUUUACGCCGUGAUCACCAAGAUAAACAAUAUGGCGGCAUGACUGAUAAAAGUGCUAAACUAGUGCGUAACUGAAGAAAUCAAAGACUUGAAAAGCAAAUAAAGUUUAAUUAGACACACAAAUUGUAUAUAAAAAUGUUCAGCAAAAAAUCGAAAUCACAGAGCUGGUCUCCUAACAAGGCCUUAAAAGAUGACCCGGAGCAAGUGAAGCGUCUGAGUAACUUGCUUAAAAUAAGAUCCGAGCAUGAACAAACAAUUGCUAAAACUGGCUGGGAUAGCUACCAGCGGGAGCUCCAAAACAACCAGAUGUUGAAAGGAUUAUUCAAGAAACUAGAUCCAUCUGUAAUGAGGACAACAGGUGAUCUCAAAGGCGAGAUUCAACUGUCAUUUAAAUAUGAAUUCAACAAUGAAAUGCUCCUCAUAAAGGUUAUCAAGUGCAGGGAUUUGGUCAACAGGGACAUCAGGGCAAAAAUGUCCAACUUUUUUGUGAAGCUUGAGUUGCUUCAGGAUCCACUGAACCAAGGUGAGAAAAAGACCCAGGUUAUGCAUGGAACCAACAAGCCUAGAUUUGAUGAAAUCUUUGGAUUUUGUAUUCCAGAACAGGGCUUAGGUGAAACAAAGUUGAUUGUUCAGGUAUGUGAACACAGCUUGGGAGGGAAUGAUGAUGUCAAAGGUGAAGUGAUCAUUCCUCUGAAUUCAUUCUCUUUCCGAAGUGAGCCUACACAUACAGCCUGGUAUGCUCUCAAUAAUGAGACUGACUUGAGUAUCUCAGGAAAUAUAGAUGUCAGUAUAGCAUUCCAGCCACCAAGAACGCUGCUGGUCACUGUACAUGGUGCCAAUAACCUGGCCCCUAGAGAUGAAGGGCAAACUGCCGACCCCUUUGUGAAGGUUGCUGUCCCUGGUUGUGAUCAUGUGUUCCAGUCUCAGGUGUGGAAAAACACAUUAAACCCUGCGUGGUCAGAGACUUUUGAGUUCCCACUUCACGAGGAAGAAUUCCAUGACAAGUACAUCAUAUUCCAUGUGAUAGAUCAAGUAAAAUCAGGCAAUGAUUCUCUCGGACAAUGUAUUGUUGAACUUGACAAGUUAAACCCAGACAUUGGAAUUAACGGAAGCUUUGAACUGUCAGAUCUGAGGAACAAUGAGCGUGUAAGGGCUAAGGUGUACCAGAAUCGUGUGGCUCAGGAGUUUCGUGAGGCACUGAUGUCACACUCCGAGGCACGAGCUCCCGGCUGCCUCUUCAAGAAACAUCGUGGUGGAAAGGUUGUCACGGUUACAUGUCGUAAAGCAGGGGCUCAAGGAAGGAUAAGAAUUGUUGACGGAAUUCCAAUUUAUUAAAUAUCUGAAACCAGUCUACACAACUACAACAUCCAGUCCAACAUAACGUGAACCAGUCAAACGCUUCAAAAGAAUGAAAACGAGUGAAAAAAUAUAUAUAUCUUUAAAAUUAAGACAAUACAAUUUACCAAUUAAGUGAAUAUAUGCAGGGACCCUAGUGUUAUAAAAUUCAAAAUUAUAAUAAAUACCAUAAUAAUGUGUAAAAAACAAUCAGCAUUUUAAGGAAAAGGAAAAAAUAAUGAUUCACGAGAGAAAUUGUAAUAUGACAUAGAUCUUUUUUACAAUUUUAAAUGCUUAUUUUAAAUUGCUUAUAUAAGGUUGUUUUUUGGGGUUUUUUUGGAGACUAUGCAAAAUUAAGAAAUGAACAAAAAUAUAUACAUGUAUAUAUAAAGCAAGCGAACUCCUGAUUAAGUUUGCAAAAUUGUGACAACAUACAUAAUGUAUUAUGGAACUUGGAACUUUUACCUUGAAAAUAAGUUAUGUAUUAAAAUAACAGAUGGAUAUAUAAAAUCAUAAAAAUGGACAUUUUUCAUAUGUCAACAAUUCUAUUGUAAAUCAUGAUGUUGUAUUUUACUCACUAAAUACUAACACAAUUUAUUCUAUUGUUUUGACAUAUUUGUCAUUAUUUAAUGUCGUAACUUUUUUUUUAGUAGAAAAAUAACUAACAUGUAGAAUUUCUGGACAAAGGGGAGUUUUCCUUGAUUCAUAUUAGACUUGAUAAACACUCAAAAAACCAUGUGAUCUUUUAAAGUUUUCUUACAUGUGUUAUGUAUUGCAUCUGUGUUUCUUUGAAUAUUAACUUUACGACAGCAAGUGAUUGAAACUGUCAUAGUUACCUCCCUUGUUACAUGUCACAGUCUUCCAGUACAGAAUUUCAAAUUUUGAAAAGCAUUGAAUUUAAAUUAUUUUUGCAUUGAUUUUAAAUUAUUUUUGACUUUUCAAAAUAGAAUGGUAAACAAAAAUACUAAGAUAUCUAGUAGGGUGAAUGUAUGUAUUUUUCAAUAGGGUGAAAUGCUACAAAUUUUGGGUGGACAUUCAGUUUAAAGGGACUCUUCUGAGAGUUUUUUUUUACAUAAGGGGUCUGGAAAUAAUUUUUCAAGACUUAUGUUCUAUUUAAUGGCAGUCUAGACCAACAACUUGUGUGCAAAAUUUCAGGUCAUUUGCGCACUCUGUUUUUCCAGAAUAAUUCUAAUUGUAAAAAUGACCCAAAAUGGAACAGCGUUGCUAUGUUCAAUCAAACUGGGCUAAUAAUAGCACAAAAAUAUGAUUAUUAAUUUAUUUUUAAUUAUUUGUUCCAUAUCUUUCUGUUUUAAGUGUCCCAGUUGAUCUAUGUAUGAAAUUUAAACUAUGUUUAAGGCAUUUUGACCUCAGUGGAGUUCCUUUAAGCAGAAUAUUAUGCAGCUGUUGUUGUGUAAGAAAAAUAAGGUGUUGCAGGUCAGUCAUUUGAUCUUGUAUUUUAUAGAUAGAUAGGAGAUACACUGACUGAAACUGGCUUCACUGCAUAAUAAAAAACUCACAUUAAUACAAGAUGUUACUGGUGACAUUAGGGCUCUUUUAACCUGGUUUUUUAUGUAGAUAAAAAUAUGAUACUGCACAUGUAACAGUGUGUCUACCAUCUAACCCAGGCAUAUUUAAUUGAUUUUGUUUUAAGAGGGCAGAUGGUCAGGAAGAUGUAGAAAAGUCUGUAUGUUUCAAACAAUUUUAUGACCUUUUUUUGUACAUGUACUUUUGAAUAUUGAUUUUUUUAACUGGUUGUUGUUUUGCAAUAGUGUGUUGUUGUUUUUUUAGCUCACCUGUCACAGAGUGACAGGGUGAGCUUUUGUGAUCGCUUUUCGUCCGGCGUCCGUCCGUCCGUCCGUCCGUCGUCCGUCCGUCGUCCGUCCGUCCGUAAACUUUUGCUUUAAAUGACAUCUCCUCAUAAACCACUGAGCCAAUUUCAUCCAAACUUCACAGGAAUGUUCCUUUGGUGGUCACCUUUAAAAAUUGUUCAAAGAAUUUAAUUCCAUGCAGAACUCUGGUUGCCAUGGCAACCGAAAGAAAAAUCUUUAAAUAUCUUCUUUUAAACAACCCUAAGAGGUAGAGCUUAGAUAUUUGGCAUGAAACAUCUUCUAGUGAGUGUCUACCAAGUUUGUUCAAAUAAAAGCCCUGGGGUCAAAAUUGGCCCCGCCCCAGGGGGUCAUUGAUUUGCCCUAUAUGCAUAUAGUAAAAACUUAAAAAAUCUUCUUUUAAAGAACCCAAAGAGCUAGAGCUAAGAUAUUUGGCAUGAAACAUCUUCUAGUGAGUGUCUACCAAAUUUGUUCAAAUAAAAGCCCUAGGGUCAAAAUUGGCCCGCCCCGGGGGGUCAUUGAUUUUCCCUAUAUGCAUAUAGUAAAAACUUAAAAAAUCUUCUUUUAAAGAACCAUAAGAGCUAGAGCUAAGAUAUUUGGCAUGAAACAUCUUCUAGUGAAUGUCUACCAAGUUUGUUCAAAUAAAAGCCCUGGGGUCAAAAUUGACCCCGCCCAAGGGGGUCAUAGAUUUUCCCUAUAUGCAUAUAGUAAAAACUUAAAAAAUCUUCUUUUAAAGAACCCAAAGAGCUAGAGCUAAGAUAUUUAGCAUGAAACAUCUUCUAAUGAGUGUCUACCAAGUUUGUUCAAAUAAUAGCCCUGGGGUCAAAAUUGGCCCCGCCCCGGGGGGUCAUUGAUUUUCCCUAUAUGCAUAUAGUAAAAACUUAAAAAAUCUUCUUUUAAAGAACUCAAAGAGCUAGAGCUAAGAUAUUUAGCAUGAAACAUGUUCUAAUGGGUGUCUACAAAGUAUGUUCAAAUAAAAGCCCUGGGGUCAAAACUGGCCCCGCCCGGGGAGGGUGGGGGGGUCAUUGAUUUUCCUUAUAAGUGUAUAGCAAAAACUUAAAAAUCUUCUUUGAAAAAACCCAAAUAGCUAGAGUUUAGAUAUUAAGCAUGAAACAUCUUUAAGUAAAUAUCUACAAAGUUUGUUCAAAUAAAAGCCAGGGGUCAAAACUGGCCCUGCCCCAGGGGUGUCAUUGUUUUUUACUAUAUGUGUAUAGUAAAAACUUUAAAAAUCUUCUUUUAAAAAACCCAAUGAGCUAGAACUUAGAUGUUUAGCAUGAAACAUCUUCUUAUGGGAGUCUACCAAGUCUGUUCAAAUAAACAAAUAUAAACCCUUGGGUAAAAAUUGGCCCGGGGGGGGGGGGGCUAUAUACAGGUGAGCGACCUCAGGGCCAUCAUGGCCCUCUUGUU